ACAGCACGUCUGUGAAACUCGCGUGUGACUGCGCGUCUCAGGUCAGCUGUGAUCCAGGAGAUGGAGAGCCAUCACGAUACAUGAUCUAAGGGUUAACAUCUGCAACAUUCGGACUUCGGUUGGAAAUUUCUUUCGACUUUUAUUUUGGCGCAGAAUAUACAGCGUGAGACAUUUUCAUGGCAUCUCUGCCUCUCGUGUGUCACGCUAAUAACAGUCCCCCGGUCAACAACACGGAACAAAACUUGGCUCCAGGACACGUGGCAGCUAGGAUGAGAACAACAACAACAAACAUGGAGGAAUCCUCCCUGGAACAAAGCAAACAGAUGCUUUUGUUUUUCACUACACAAUGACCAGGGUUUCCAAGGGGGAUCAAAAUGUCCAGACUGGAACAUUUGAAAGAUUCCUUCAAGCAGCGGCUGAUAGCUGCUGCCGACGAUCAUCUGCUGCCGAGUCUUCACGACAUAUUCAUCGGGUAUAAACGUGAGACGGAACGAAGGAGACUCCUGCUGGAGAAGGUGACAGAGGGAGCAGGUGUCCAGCAGCUGCUGGUGAUUAAGAAUGAAGAUAUUACGAAGCAGCAGAGGUGCAGCUUUAGUCUGGAUCAGGAGGGACCAUCACCUCUUCUCGCUAAUGAAGCAAAAGAAGUUGAGAGUGAAAUCAAAGAAGAAGCGGAAGAUGCAACCCAGGUCUCCAUCACCGUUGUGAAGAGUGAGUUUGAUGAACUGGCAUCCAGCAGUUCAACUCACAAACAAAUUCAAACAGAGUCUCAUGGAGACGAGUGUGGAGGACUAUUUCUAGCCAGCGACUGGGUUCACCACCAGAGGUUGCUGUGUUCUGAAUCUGGCACUGAUGACAGCGAAGACUGGGGGGAGAACAGUUGCACUCAGUCUGGUUCAAAUUCUGUGGAGAAUCCCGCAGUUCAUGUCAAUGAAAAGAAAGAUGAUCUUAAAUCACUGAUCUGCUCUAAAUGUGGGGAGAAAAUGUGUACAGAUACUCGAGGCAAUACUCACAGCUGUGGUCAAUGCAAAACCUGGACUUGUGAAAAACCUGUUAGCUGCCCUCAGUGUGGUAAAUGCUUUGCACAUAAAGGCAAUCUGAAACGACACAUGGUUAUUCACACGGGAGAAAAACCUUUUAGAUGCUCUCGGUGUGAUAAAUGUUUUACUCAGAAAAGCAACCUCAUGAGCCACAUUAGAAUUCACACUGAAGAAAAACCCUUCAGCUGCUCUCAUUGUGGUAAAUGUUUUACACUGAAAUGCAGCUUGAAGAUUCACAUGAGACGACACACUGGAGAAAGACCUUUCAGCUGCUCUCAGUGUGCUAAAUGUUUCAAAGACUGCGCAAACCUGAAGGCACACAUGAGAAUUCACACAGGAGAAAGUCCCUUUGUCUGCCCUCACUGUGGUAAAUGUUUUACUCAGAAGUGCAACUUGAAGAUUCACAUGAGACUACACACUGGAGAAAACCCCUUCCGGUGCUCUCUGUGUCUCAAGUGUUUUAAACAUAGCAGUAGCCUCAAGAAACACAUGGUAACUCAUGCAGAAGUCCAAAGUCUGUCUUCCGCUCACAGCGUGUAAAGGUUAUGUCUUCAGUGAAUAUCAGCAGUAAUUGUGGAUAGUGGCUGUCAUGUCUUUAGUGACAAGAUUACUCAGAUUAAUCCUGCCGAGACUUUAAAAAAUAUUUAUAAGAAAAUAUUUAAUGGAACCCAUGGUGGUGAGAUGCCUCGCUCCUCACGCUUCAUGUUGCAGUGUUCUGUUCCUUUGAGAUUCUUCACACCUCUGCCUUGCUCAGCGUUUUCACUUCACCCACACAAGGGCAGCAAAUACCGGAAGAGGCUUUGUUCAUGCGAAUGCGUCAUCAGCAAUGCGACGGCACAGUUCAUGAUCAAAACACACCUUGUUGUCGUGAGUGACGGACAUCUGAGAUCUGCUCCUCUUUAUCUAUGUACAUCUUUCUACUAAGAAGUCAUCAACAUGACCAGCUUCUAUACUUGUCAAACUUCCGUAGCCCGCCAGUAAAGAGUCUGAUCUCGCUGUCUGGGUGGACAAUAUCAUUCAAAAACAACUUCACAAACUGCUGAAACUACGGUACAUCCUGCUUGGAUUUACCCCCCAACUCACUGGAUGGAUGAGCUUCAUUCUUCUCACCUUUUUUUCUUUUCAAAAGAUGCCUUUAAGCUUUCUUUAGAUUUCCAAUGCAUUUUGUCAUGCUUUUCUGCAAUAUUCUGCAAUAAAUUAUAUAAUGCUGUCGAGCUGUGAUCCCUUUUCCCUCAUAAGUCAAUGGUUUGAUAAUGUCCUCGAGUAUGGGCAGCAUCGCUUGUAAAGCUUCAGAAAUGGUAGGGUUUGAUCCACAUUGUGGAGAUGGAGGGAGGGGCUGAUGAGUGGGUUUGUUUACUGAGGAGAUUCAAAGACAGCUCAUCCUCCACCCUGAAUCACCAACAAUGACCGAAGGCUGUCACAGAGACAGCAGUAGGGUGACAACCGUGGCACAAAAGGCUUUGUAUAUUCUGAUCAGGGACUGGUGAAACAGACUGUUAACACAGAGUUCUAUUCUGAAUUCACAGUUGUCUUCUUGGUCUGCAUUCAGAUUGUUCUGUACAUCUUUACUGUCUGUUGUUUGUCUCGCAGGUGUAGUCAACUUUUUGGACAUUAACUCAUCUAUGAUGUUACCGGAAUCCUCACAUUUACCCAUUCCAGUAGAGCUUUCAACUGCUGGCUGGACUCCGAAAUGGACUGCUCCGCAAAGAGAACUUGCGGACCCUCCUAGACAUUCAAAGAGCAUUUUGUGUCGGCUGACGACUGCUGUUUUCCUGGGAAGGAAAGGGGAACAAAUCUCUGAUCACUGUAAAAAAUGAGAAGCAAAACCUCCAAAAGGAGAAUGUAAUUUUACAUAGCCAACAUGCCCGUGCUGAGAAUUUGGUCAGUCAUAGACAGACAGACAGACAGAUAUACUGAACUGCAACAUGCACGGCUGAGUCUCACCAUAUCGCCCACCGCGAGUAAAAUGCCGUCUGUAUGUUUCUUAAAUGCUCCAAUCCACUCUUCACCACCUGCGGUCAAACAUGGCGAUCUAUUAGUUUCCACGGUCGGAUCUUUCACUUCCCACGUACGGUACUGCAAUACUUCCUGAUUGUUGAUAGCUUGUGCAUCGGUCUGGAGCUCGUCUGCGCGCUCCCGUCUCUGACCUGAUCUGGGCUGCGUUGCAGGGGCCGCUGCUCCAUCUCCUAACACUGAAGCCAGUGCGAUGGCCGCUAGCAUCAUAUCAUAAACACGCAUUCGCAUCUCCUCAUUCCCUUCUAUCAACUUUCUCAACUCCCUCUUUGUCAACCAUGGAGCUGAUUUCACCUCAUCUUUCAACUUUUCUUUUUUCACAACUCUCCUUUCCUUCUACUGUAAAUUCUCAGACUAAUGUUCCACAGUGCAUCUCUGCCUCAGAAACUCAUUCUCCUUCUUUAACAUCUUUAUUGAAACUUUUUCUGUGCUUCUCUUUUCUCUCCUUAUCAACUGCUGCCAAAACUUGUCUCGAAUUCCACCAACAGGUCAUCCAUCUUUCUCUGACUCUUCUUACGAUCCUUGUUGCAUCCAUGUAAAGUACACACAUCUUACUCCUGUUCACUGAGCAACACAUUCAUUUCUCCUUCAUUAGUUUACUUUUUUUUCACUUUUUUUUAAAUCACAAAACGCAUCCCUGACCUUGUGUGAACACUGAGCGUCAAACUCAGAUAAAACUCUUGACGCUGUUUCAGGGGUUCCCAGCAACAUUGCAGAAUGACUACCAAAAACCCACAAGUUAAAAUCUGAAAGAAUGUAUUCCCUGACAGAGCUGUGGGUCCACAACUACACCUGACUCAGCCUCAGCUCCAGUGGUGUAGAGUGACCAAG